AGAAAAUGUCCAAAAUAACCCGCAAAACUUUAGAUUUAAAACAGUUUAUGUUACGUCAAGAAGUCCUCAAGCUAUAUCGUGAAAUAUUUCGUACCAUCAAACAGGUGCCGGACGCCAGUAGCCAAUAUGAGUUGCGCUCCUGGGCUAGGCAUGAUUUUCGCACCAAUCAACAUCAAACCGAUGAGGUGGCCAUUAAAAUGCUCAUACAGGCGGGAAGACGUAGUCUGACAGAGUUACAAACAAGUUUACGGUUGAGUGGUGUGACCGCCAGCCAUGCGAACUCUACUGCUCCUCCUGCAUCGAGCAAAGAGAAGAAAUAA